GAGACAGGAAGUAAGGAGGGGUGAGUAGAGGAGGUAGCUCAUGGGCAGGCAGAGGUGACAAGGGAGAGGUGGAAGCUGAAAAGACCUGCCCUCCUCCCCCCUUAUUACUCUUUGCCCUCCCAGUUCCUCCUGGCCCUGGUUCCUCUUUUCCCACUGACACCCAGAGCAGGUCAACUCACAUAAAGCCAGGCGGGGCUGCAGGAGUGCAGUGCUCAACAUGCCUACUCCAGCACAGGCCUCUUGGUUGCUGCUACUGCUGCCACUGCUGUUGUUACUCACCCUGCCAGCCACAGGCUCAGACCCCGUUCUCUGCUUCACCCAGUAUGAGGAAUCCUCGGGCAAGUGCAAGGGCCUCCUGGGGGAAAAUAUCCGUGUGGAAGACUGCUGUCUCAACUCUGCCUACGCCUUCCAGGAACCUGGCAGCAAGCUCUGUCAGUCAUGCAGGUCCCCACGGUGGUCACUGUGGUCGAAGUGGACUCCCUGCUCAGUGACCUGCGGUGAGGGCUCCCAGCUGCGGCACCGGCGCUGCAUAGGCUGGGACGGACAGUGCCCUGAGAAAGUGCAGCCUGGGGCCCUGGAGUGGCAGCUGCAGGCCUGUGAGGACCAGCCAUGCUGUCCUGAGAUGGGUGGCUGGUCCGAUUGGGGGCCCUGGGCGCCUUGCUCUGUCACCUGCUCCAAAGGGACCCGGACCCGUCAGCGAACAUGUGAUCAGCCUACCCCCAAGUGUGGGGGCCACUGCCCAGGAAAGGCAGAAGAAUCAGAGGCCUGUGACACGAAGAAGGUCUGCCCCACACAUGGGGCCUGGGCUGCUUGGGGCCCCUGGGGCCCCUGCUCAGGCUCCUGCCAUGGUGGACCCAACGCACCUGUGGAAAGACGAAGCCGCAUGUGUUCUGCACCUAAGCCCUCCACAGAGCCUCCUGGGAGGCAGUGCCCAGGGACAGCCUAUGAGCAGCGGGACUGCAGUGGCCUGCCGCCUUGCCCAGUGGCUGGAGGCUGGGGGCCAUGGGGCCCAGCGAGUCCCUGCCCGGUGACCUGUGGCCUAGGCCAGACCAUGGAAAAACGGACAUGUGAUCACCCUGUGCCCAAGCACGGGGGCCCCUUCUGUGUCGGUGAUGACACCCGGAUCCACGUCUGCAACACAGGCGUCUCCUGCCCUGUGAAUGGAGAGUGGGGGCCCUGGGAAGAAUGGAGCACUUGUGUCCGCCCGAAGAUGAAACAGAUCAGCUGUCUGGAGAUCCCAGGCCAGCAGACACGUUCAAGGAGCUGCAAGGGCCGCAAGUUUAAUGGACAUCGAUGUCCCGGGGAUCAACAGGAUAUCCGGCACUGCUACAACAUCCAGCGCUGCCCGUGGGAAGGCUCAUGGUCAGAGUGGAGUACCUGGGGGCUGUGCACACCCCCAUGUGGACCCAACCCCAUCCGCACUCGCCAGCGCCUCUGCAAGGCCCAUCUCCCCAAGUUCUCGCCCACUGUUACCAUCGUUGAAGGCCAAGGUAAGAAGAACGUGACCUUCUGGGGGAAACCAUUUUCAGUGUGUGAGAUGCUACAGGGGCAGAAGUUGGUGGUGGAAGAGGAACGGCCAUGUCUACACGUGCCUGCCUGCAAAGACCCUGAGGAUGAGCUCUAACACCUCUCUUCCACUCUAAUACCCUGACUUCCCAGACCUCAAUAAACCAGCCUCUUCCCCAAGAGUGGGGCAAUUGCAUCUUCUAGGCCAAAGGGUACAGCACAGGCAAAGUCGCAGUGGCCUGUUGUGGAAAACUGUAUUUUCCACUGUGGCAACAUUUUGGCAGGAAUGAAGGCAAGUAUCUAUCCCUGCCGGAGCCCACUGUCUCCCCCCUACCCCCACCUCCCAGUGCCUGGGCCCACGCAGCACGUCCCUCUGCAGAGCUCUGAGUUACGGGUUUCCUGUUUGGCUACUCGCCCUUCCAGGCACUUUCUGAUUGGCUGGCAUGCUUGUUAUCUGUUUCUCUGCCUCCUAAAGCUCCCUCAGUUCCCACCCGCCAGAGCUGCUGGGCUGGCAGAUUCCAUUUCUAUCGUGGUUAACAGCAGCAGGCAG